UCAACAAUGUCUUCGACAUCACAAAAACACAAGGACUUCGUGGCAGAGCCCAUGGGAGAGAAGCCUGUGAUGGCACUAGCAGGAAUUGGUGAAGUGCUUGGAAGGAGAUUAGAAGAGAAGGGCUUUGAUAAGGCAUAUGUUGUUCUAGGACAGUUCCUGGUGCUGAGGAAAGAUGAGGAGCUGUUUCGGGAAUGGUUGAAGGAUACAUCUGGAGCAAAUACCAAACAGCAAGGCGACUGUUAUAGCUGCCUGCGAGAGUGGUGUGACUCUUUCCUGUAGUCUUUUUAUUUUUUAUUUUUUUAUUUUUUUUCUCCACUGUUGUAUUUUCAUCAUACUUUGCCCCCACAUGCCGAAUACAUUUACCUCGCUUCAUCAAUUUAAUCAUUUGGAAAUUGUUUGGAUGAUCCAGUGCUAACAUUUAGCCCAGAAUUGUACAUUGAUAUAUCACAAUAAUGUCUUUUAGAUGAGUACACUUACAAGAUCACAGCUCAAUUUGUGUUGUUCAAAGCAUCAUUCACCACUGCACAUAUGUUUGGUACGGAGGGGAGUGGUUUUUGUUGAUGUUGUUGUUAUUUUUUUAGAGACAAGAUUAAUUUAAAAUGUUUCUGUAUUUGCUCAUCAACAAAACAAAAUGAAUUUGUCACAUGCAAUUCAGUUCAAAGGCUCUACAUAUUUGCACAAUCCAGUUGUGCAUACACUGACAAUCAUCUUCAUGGUGGUCUGGCUUCUCUGUUUAUUGUGGUGAUGUUUGAAGGUUUUAACUGAAAAUGGCAAUAUUGUGUAACAAUAAUAAGCUUUUAAAGGUUUAAGUUUGUCACUGUUUUCAAAUAUCUAUUACCUUAGAAUAACAUGUAUGAUGGUAUCAUAUUGCCAUGUGAUUUUAUGUCCCCAACACACAGUUGUCUUUAAAUAAAUUAAAAUGCCUUACAAUUAUGGAUUUUUUUUUUUAUUCACGUGUUGCCUUUUCACUGACUCUCAGAUGUUUUAAGUUGCUCCAUGGGUAGUCUGAAAGAAACACUGGCAAAUAUGUUCUCAUGGCUCUAAAAUCUGAGUAAGGAGCCAGUUUUGAACCUCUGUUAUGCGUUUUAAUCCUUUUGAAAUAAAGUAUAAAUGUAAUUGCAGGGUGUGGUGUUUGGUAUGAAAAUCAAUAUUAUUGAUCCAGUUCAAUCUGUGAAAUAAUGUUCUGAUGGAACAAGCUAAAGAUUGCGGUUAUUUUAAACGAGGUUAUCUUAAAAGGAUUGUUGACCCAAGACUUUGAGGCUUCAAAAAUCACAUAAAGAUAGAAUAAAAGGAAUCGGAAUGUGGUUUAUGGUAUAAAUAAAAAUGACUUUGAUCUAUUGAUCUGUUUCUCACCCUCACGUAUGUUGCUUCAGAAGAUAUGGAAUAAACCACUGGAGACUUCUGGAUUACUUUUGUCACCUUUAUGUGAUUUUUGGAGCUUCAAAGGACUGGUCACCAUUCACUUGCAUUGUAUGGACCUAAAGGUCUGAGAU